AUUUAUUAGAUGUUAAAAAUUUCAUGAAAAAUGAAUUUUAAAAAGAAUAGUUCGUUUUAAAAGGAUAAACAGAAAAGCGACAGCAGAAUAACAGCAACAUAAAGACAAAAAUUUUAAGAACAUAUUGCAUUCAAGAAAAUAAUAAUAAGGCCAAGCGUGGCGCCUCAUGCCUGUAAUCCCAGCAUAUUGGGAGGCCAAGGCAGGUGGUUCACUAGAGGCCAGGAGUUAUCGGUACAUUUUUGUUUACUUGUCUCACAAAUAAGGGUCUUGUCCAGGUUAAUUUCCUCUCAUUAUGUCAAUUUUUAUAUAGUCAUACAAAGAUAGUGUUUUGUUUUCCUAUGAAGAAAUUUUCCAGCGGGUAAGAAUAUUUAACAACCUUUCUACAAUAUGUUUAAGCUUCUUUAUAUUUUGGUCAUCUGCUUUGGAUAGUGCCAUACUUCUCUAAUGAGUAAUAAUGAGAAGCCUGUGUGGGACUGUGGAAACUGUAGCCUCUAGGAAGUAUUUCUGUGUCCAUGGAUCAGCUGUUUGUAUCAAUGUGUUUUAUGAUCACACAUACAUGUCUGAGGCAUCUACAUUAAUGUUUAGUGAAAGAAGCAUUGGUUUUCUGGACCACGAUGUGAGUAUUUGAAACCACUGACAAAAGACAUUUAUUGAAAAUUCAUGUGAUAUGUUGAAUGUAGCUAAUGUCUUAAAUACCACACGAUUUUGCUGAAGAAAUUCUAAUUGGAAAAGUUAAGUUAGCAAACAUAAAAAAUUCUCAGAAUAUGCAAUAUAUAUUUGGUUUUAAUAUAUAGCCUAAUUUGUUUUCCUUUUCUAUUUGCCAAAUAAGAAGAAAAACAGGUUUCAUAUACAUGUAUAUAAACCAAUUGUUUUAUAAUCAUAAUAUUUGUUUAUGGGAUAUUAUAUUUUAUAUGAUACAUUAGUAAAGGUGUACAAUUACUUUCAGGUAUAUUUGAUUAGAGAGUUUAAAAUUGCAGAUCAUGUCAGAUGUAUUAGAGUGUUAAGGAACCAAUGACUCUUAUAUUCUGCAGCAUAUUAUAGGUUUUUGUUUAUGUAUCUAAAAAUAAUCUCAGCAAACAUACUAGUAGGCAUAUAGGCUCAGGAAAGUAUAUGGUCUACUGUUAUUUAAAUAGAUUUAUAAAACUGUGACUGUGAAAUAUAAUAUUAUGGAGAUUUUUAUGUUUUUAUGAUAUUUUAUCAUUUGAAAAUGUUGUGUCUUUAGGAAAUGGUUAAAUCGUUUUUUUCUAGAAAAAUGUUAACUUAGCAGUUUACAUUGAAAGCCUAGUAAUGCUAUCUUUCAGUUUCAAGGUAUUAUAUUUUAAAUACUUAAAUUAUAGAAGACAGUUUAUAUACCUAUUUUUUACAAGUAAAUAUUUAAAUUGCCAAAAGAAUUAUCCUGUUGAAUUCCAACUAUCUGUUGAAAUAGUUUUGAUGAUGAAAGGAGGAAAAGGCACUAAACCUUCCAGCAAAUAAUGUGUGAAUAAAUAACAGAAUUCUCUAUAGACUACUUUAUUCCCUUGCGUUCUUCAGCAGAUGUCUCUCUAUAAGUCUAUAGCUUCAAGAGUGACAGAACUCUGGAACCAGCUGGAAUUAGUAAUGUGAAUGAGAGGUGGAUUUUUCAUCACAGUUGGAUGCUAGAGGCAGCUCAAACUCUCUCUGUACACGUCCUCUGCCACUGCCAGAUCUAUGUAAAUGGAAUAAUCCUGUCUACAUUUGAGGUUUAGUAAUCUUGCCGUUUUGCUCAGCAGUGAGUACUCAGAAAGUUUGGGUUUGUAUCUGUACUUGUCUCAUUGUUCUCUGUAAUAUAAGUUUGUCUUUAACUGUCAGAUCUAGAGACUUUGAAGAACAAUGUUUUUUUUUUCUUUUGAAUUUUGUUUUCAUUUUUUUAAACUAGGAUCCUGUCUGUGUUUGUUAUGGCUACCCCCAAAAGCCUCCUGAGUCACCCCAGCAAGCCACAGGAGGUGCACUUCCAGUAUUUCCUCACUAAAAGGAAUCUUUCUGAAGCAGAUUUUAAAGAAUACUAGCCUCACUUAAUUAUCUCAUUAAUCUUCUUAUAGCUUGUGAAUACUCAUUUAGUAACUAAAAUUUCUCUGAUUUCUGAUUUUAGCCUUCUUUUCAUUUCCUGAACUCUCCCCGAUGGUGGGUUCAACUUUUUCACUAUAAUUCUGUGCUUCUCAUCAAGAUAUAUUUCAUCACAGUGAGCAAACUGAGAUAAGACUUGUAAAUGCGUUCAGAAAAUGACCCAAAUCCAUGCCUUUUUACACUGAACAUGGAAUUUCUACUAGAACAUGCUUCAUUUUGGAAUCUGUCACGCCUGGAUUCAUAGGGUUUCAAUCCUGACUUAUUUUCAUCAAACUAGGCAGUCAUCUUCUAGGACCAAAGAAAAAACUGUAGAAGCCUGGAUUUGGAACAAGUGACCAAGGAGGAAAUAGAAAACCAAGGCUCUGACACCUGAGUCCAAUACCUUCAGAAGAAUACAUGGAAAAUAGGAACAAUAAGAACAAUGUGACUGAAUUCAUCCUCUUGGGACUCACACAGAACCCUGAGGGCCAAAAAGUUUUAUUUGUCACAUUCUUACUCAUCUACAUUGUGACGAUAAUGGGCAACCUGAUUAUCAUGGUGACCAUCAUGGCCAGCCAGUCCCUGGGAUCCCCCAUGUACUUUUUUCUGGCUUCUUUAUCAUUUAUAGAUACCAUCUAUUCCACAGCCAUUGCUCCCAAAAUGAUUGUUGACUUGCUCUCUGAAAGAAAGACCAUUUCCUUUCAGGGCUGUAUGGCUCAACUUUUUAUGGAUCAUUUAUUUGCCGGUGCUGAAGUCAUUCUUCUGGUGGUGAUGGCCUAUGACCGAUACGUGGCUAUCUGUAAGCCUCUUCAUUAUUUGAGCAUCAUGAAUCGUCGAGUCUGUGUUCUCAUGCUGUUGGUGGCCUGGAUUGGAGGCUUUCUUCACUCAUUGGUUCAAUUUCUCUUUAUUUAUCAGCUCCCUUUCUGUGGCCCCAAUGUCAUUGACAACUUCCUGUGUGAUUUGUAUCCCUUAUUGAAACUUGCUUGCACCAAUACCUAUGUCAUUGGACUUUCUAUGGUAGCUAAUGGAGGAGCGAUUUGUACUGUCGCCUUCUUUACUCUCCUACUUUCCUAUGGGGUCAUAUUACACUCUCUUAAGACUCAGAGUUUGGAAGGGAAACGCAAAGCUUUCUACACCUGUGCGUCCCACAUCACUGUGGUCAUUUUAUUCUUUGUCCCCUGCAUCUUCCUGUUUGCAAGGCCCAAUUCCACCUUUCCCAUUGAUAAAUCCAUGACUGUGGUUUUAACUUUUAUAACUCCCAUGUUGAACCCACUAAUCUAUACCCUGAGGAAUGCAGAAAUGAAAAGUGCCAUGAGGAAACUUUGGAGUGAAAAAGUAAGCUUAGCUGAAAAAGGGCUGUAUCCCUCAUGAAAAUAUGAUAUUCAUUCUUUCACCGAAGCAAGGAAUAAUUUCACUAUCCUAUCUGAUUACAAUUUCUGUAAUCAUUCCCCUUUAGUUACUUAGCUUACUUAUUCUGAAGCAGUCAUAUAAAUUAAUAUUUAUCUACAUACAAUAUGUUAUGCCCAUUACAGACCAAGGUAAUUGCAUAGAUUUAACAGUGUAUACUGUUUUUUUAAUCAU